AUGCAGACAAGUACGGGAAAGCGGCGAGCGCAGUCGCCCGCACACAGUGGGGACGUGAGGACCGCGGCGCCCCGGGCUCCUCCGCCGCCGCCGCCGAAUUCUCGCCCCCAGCGCCUCCCGGGCCCCGGGCUCGGAGUCCCCCUCCCGGAAGCUCCAGCGCCGUCUGCGAGGCCCGCGCGCCGGCGCUUUGUGAGCGGCAGGCCGGCCGGGCUCCCGGGGCACCGCGGCGCGCGCGGGCGAGCGGGCGGGCGGGCGGCCGCCGGCCUGCGGGGAGGAGGGCGCGGCGGCUCGGCCCGAGAGCCCGCCAGACCCCCCACCACCCCCGCGCUCCCGCUCCGCCCGCUCCCCCCGGCCGGCCGCGGCCCUCCCGGCCUCAGCCUCCUACCUGCAGCGGCGGCGCGGCGGCCGCGGGGUCCCGGGGAGGGGCGCGGAGGCGCGAGCGCGGCGGCCUGGGUGGCUCUGGCGGGGCUGGGCGGCCGGCAGGGCCGCGGGCUCCAGGCGCCGGGCGGCCGCGCGCCCCCGGCCGGCCAGGCCCCGCCGCGCGCGCCGCGGCCACAAAGCCCCGCUUUGCCGCCGCCCCCUCGCGGGCCGCCGCCGCCGCCGCCUCCUACCGCUCGGUGGGCGCCGCGGAGGGCGGGCGGGCGGGCGGGAGCGCAGUCCCCACCUCCCGGAGCCGCGGUCCCGCUGCGCUGCGCUGCGCUGCCCACCUUGGCCCGGGAGCUGCGGAAGGGGACGGUCUCCGCCAACAACAAAAGAAUGCAUUUUCCUACACUGGGGAGGUGGCAGUCACCCGCACGAGUUAGCGCGAGCCUCCUGACUGACGUGGGCCCUUUUCUUCGGAGACUCCGCGAUGCUAGCGAUGGCACCCCCUCCUACUCUUGA